AUGCUGGACGUGGGUGAGGAGCUUCUAGGAGAGACUCUGCCGUUGAAAAUGGGUCAGCGUCUCUAUCAGCUGCGCGGGCUGAAGGCGUCCACAUGGUAUGAAGUGAAGAUAUCAUACCCAGCUUCUGUAUGCGCCUUCUGACCUCCGCUUUCGUCAUUGGGUUUUCCAUCCCUUUUUUGUCGUGCUCAAUGCUAAUCUGUACAUUUUAAGGCCAAAUUUAUCUUUCGAAUGGCAGAUUCCAGCCAGCUUUUCCAUUGAGUUGAGGAGGAGUACGGCCGAUUCUCUGUUUGGCAAGAACAGAAGGUUACUCAACACGGAGAAGCUGGUUUUCAAAGCCGACAUUGAUGGGGUAGUUGUUGAUUAAUGACGGCUGAUUCUAGGGAUGCUCUCGUUGACCUGCUCUUACUUAGCUUUUGAAAGCAGGAGGCUGGGGGUGUUUGGAGCUUUGUCCUUGUUACUGUGGCGGCUGCUGGAGUUGUUGCUAAACCGCAUGUGCAGGAGAGAGACACUGUUCUCUUCAACAUUGGUAAGCUGAUCUUUCUUUUCUACAUGAGCUUCCCGUUCUUAGAUUAGUCAUUUGAACUGAAAGAGGCAUUUGGCGAUCGAAGUAUACCCAGAAGUUAUACGGACCUUCUUUCUACUUUAUUUAUUUGAGUACUAGUAGAAAGGACAUUGAUUUGAUGUUUUAAUGAGCUGGUCCUUCUUUCCAAAUCCAAUGCUGCUUAUUAUCACGGGCUUCAAUCGUGAUUAGCUAGUUCCCUUGCUGGAGAUUUGCAUUCUGGGUAGGUAUCAAGCUCAUCUAGUCUUUUCCUUUUUCUCUAGUAUUGGAAAUUCAGAUUCAACUGUUUCCUAGAGCGAUACGAGGGUUUGUUCUAUCAACCCUUCAGAUCAUUAAAUUUUGUCGAUGAUUCCAUUAGUCUCAGAGGGUUUAAUUGGUUUCGAAGCCAUCAAGGAAAAUAUGAGAAAUAAUGAUUGGAUUUCUUCUCCUUGAAACAGAGUGAAUGGCAAUGCUCUUAGUGCUGUUGUGGUUAUCAGAUGAGUAUCAGGGAUGGAGGAAGGUACACUAAUCAGAUGAUUAUCACGGAUCCUUUCCUCAUUUGAACAACAGUAAUUGUUACUUUAUGCAAGUAAUAUGAGUAUUUAAUUACGCAUAUUGCAAUGUUUGAGUUUGAAGAUGUCUAGGAACAUUCAACUAGACGGAACAUGUUUUUGUCAAGUAAUUUUAGAGGCAGUAAUGGAUCACUUCAUCAAUGAAACAGAAGUCGUUUAGAGGCACUCAUUGGUGUGUAUCAUAUACAAGCCUGAAGCUUCCAAAGUGGACCAGAACAACACACUAUGGGAUCAUCAUCAUGAUUUCCAUCUCUCUGGCCAAAACAGGGCAACGUCUAGUUUGAAAAAUGUAGGAAACGGCCCAAAAAUGUGGGGUUCAUCCGAAGGUUGACCUCUUGGAAGCUCAGGAGCUGCGACCUGCCGAGCUAACAGAUACCCUUUUUAAGGGAAGUCAAAAUGAGAUACAUUCUGUAUUUUACCAAUUGCACCCAACUUUGCACGCUCUUGAAAUUUGCUAUUUUUCUCACUGUUGUUGCUUUUCUUGGUCACGAUUUAGGAUUGCACGCUCUUGAUUCCUUUUCAUUCUUUAAAACCUUUGCAGUGUGUGAUGAAUUAUCAUUUGGGAUUCCUCUGAAAGCUUGGUGCGUUGGACUACUAGCAGCUCUCUGCCUUUUCUUGGCUGCAAUUGUACCCAACUUCCUCCCCUUAAAUCUGCUAACAAGCAAUCAGAUUGAUGGCCCAACUGAAAAGGCUUCAUCAAAGGAAUCUUAA